AUGGAUGAUACGGUGCUCCUUGCAACAACCAAAGAUAAUUUAAUCAAUAAAGUAACAUUGUUAAAACAGUACUGCGAUACCUAUGGCAUGAAGAUCAAUGCAACAAAAACAAAAUUCUUUGUUAUAUGUGGUACAGAACACGACAGAGAGGCAGUAAGAGUAGAUGACCUGGUGGUGGAGUCGUGCGCACAGUACACCUAUCUUGGCUCACCAUUUACAUCUGAUGGUUCCGUGUCAGCGGCAGUCGCGGCUCACAUGCAGGCAAAGAUGGCACACUAUAACAAAUUUGUUUUAUUCUUAAAAAAGAAUUAUGACUGGCCCUUUAUCGUAAAGAAGAGAAUAUUUGAUGCUGCUCUCAUGUCAGCCGUGUUGUAUGGGUGUGAGUCGUGGCUGAACGUUGACUUAAAACCAGCCACAAAAAUCUACAACUGGGCAUUAAAACAGCUACUUGGAGUUAGGAAGACCACCUGCAAUGAUAUGUGUUACAUUGAAUCUGGAUAUCCACCUUUAAAAGAUCUUGUACGAAGUAGACAAAGAAAAUUCUUCACUAAAGUGUGGCGAGAAAGAUCUGUAAUGAAUGACGAUCCCCUAAUAAUCACUAAAGAACGAUAUUUUGAGGUCCGAGUCAUCUAG